CUCAUACUCCGUACUUCUUCCUCUGGUUUAUUUUUUUAGGCUUCAAUCUCUGUGUUCCCGCCGGGCUGAUUUCACAAAUCCGCUCUAGCCUGAUAGAUUAACCGCCCUCUCUCCCUACCGGUGCCCGCAUAUCUCGAAGUGCAGGCUGCGGCCAAAUGGAUGUAUAUGGUGGAAAUGAUGAGGAGAACGCAGAGUUGCGAAAGCUCCUGGCGGAAGUGAACGACGAUCCAGACAACUUCGAGAUCUGGGAGAAACUCGUUCGGACCGCCGAAGCGUUAGAGGGGGGAAUAAACAGAAACUCGAGCUCUCAGGCCAUAACGACGGUACGGGGCACCUACGACCGAUUUCUCGCCAAAUUCCCCUUGUUCUUCGGGUACUGGAAGAAAUAUGCCGACCUCGAGUUCUCGAUAGCUGGGACCGAGGCAGCGGAAAUGGUUUAUGAACGAGGCGUCGCAAGCAUCACCAACUCAGUAGAUCUUUGGACGAACUAUUGCUCCUUCAAGACCGAAACCAGCCACGAAGCCGACAUUAUUCGAGAGUAAGUAUACAAGAGACACAUCCCCUCUCGUUGAAAGACCUAAACAUAGCACACGACACAACCAUUAGCUGGAUUGGAUGAAACGACGAUGGCCAUCGAAAGAUUGGUGAGAAUCGUCAUAAGCCAAAUUUCCCUGCUGGAGUUGCUUCUCACAAGUCGUCAGUCAGGUGCUUUGAUUUGCUAUUUGCCCGAUACGAGGAGGCCUUUUGUGCCCAUUCUUUCUGCGUACAAGGAAUUACACCUGUUGCUGCAAAAUGAUUGAAGGAUCAUCAUCACGUCACGUACAUACACCUGUUUGCACCCUCUGUUUCCCUCUCCUGAUCCCUGGCGUCACAAUUCGUUCAUACUAACACCCCAAUAAUAGGCUCUUUGAGCGAGGUGCUGCAUGCGUUGGUCUGGACUUCCUUUCUCAUCCAUUCUGGGACAAGUAUAUCGAGUUCGAGGAACGAAUGGAGUCCCAAGACCGAAUAUUCACCAUUUUGGGUCGGAUUAUUCAUAUUCCCAUGCACCAGUACGCCCGAUACUUCGAGAAGUAUCGGCAGUGGGCUCAGUCUCGCCCGCUGACUGCUAUCGCUCCUCCUGGUACUCUGACUCAACUCCAGAUGGAUAUUGAAAAUGAAGGUGCUGGGUACAAAGCUGGCCGAUCCCCAGCCGAAGUCGAAAGAGAGCUCCGAUCGCGCAUUGAUAAUUACCAUCUCGAAAUCUUCCGACGGACACAGAAUGAAACCACGAAGAGAUGGACCUAUGAGUCUGAGAUCAAGCGGCCAUAUUUCCACGUUACCGACCUGGAUGAGGCCCAGGUUACCAAUUGGCGCAAGUACCUCGACUUCGAGGAGGGUGAAGGCGACUACACCCGCACCCAGUUCUUGUAUGAGCGAUGUUUGGUCACAUGCGCUCAACACGAUGAGUUCUGGUUGCGAUAUGCCAGGUGGAUGUUGGGUCAACCAGGGAAGGAAGAGGAAGUUCGGAACAUCUAUCAGAGAGCAUCAUGCUUCUUUGUUCCGAUAGCCCUUCCUCAAACCCGACUCCAGUAUGCUUAUUUUGAAGAAAUGACUGGUCGUGUCGAUGUGGCCAAGGACAUUCAUGAGGCAAUCUUGGUGAAUCUCCCGGGUCAUGUGGAAACGAUAGUUUCGUUGGCAAAUUGCACCCGUCGCCACUCAGGCCUGGAUGCAGCAGUUGCGGUCUACCAGUCUCAGAUUGAGUCACAGAUUGACACCUCAGCAAAAGCAGCUCUGGUUGCUGAAUGGGCCAAGGCGUUAUGGAAGCUCAAAGGGUCUACUGACGAAGCUCGACAGCUGUUCCAGAAGAACCGGCAGUUUUACCAACAAAGCCCAGAAUUCUGGACAGCUUAUCUGCGCUUUGAAAUCGAUCAACCUGCAAUUGAUGGUUCUGAGCAGAUUCAACAAGACCAAAUCAAGCAAGUUGUCGAUGAAAUCAUGACCAAGGGCACUUUGCCUGAAGCGACCGUGCAGGAGCUGGUGGCAAUAUACAUGAAAUAUCUUCUUGACCGAGGCACGAAAGACGCCGCCAAAGAGUAUAUGAACCUCGACCGGGAAAUCAAUGGGCCUUUGUCAGUACAGAAAUCAUCGAGGGUCCAAACCGCGAUUGACCCAACCAAGGCUGGUGCAUUUGCCAAUGGACAGCCGCCUCCAAUCAGAUAUUCAUAAAAGAGAAUAUCUUCAACUCCAUACGGCAACAUUUAUCGCGCUGGUUCCGAUGUAGGUGACUAUUUAUCGAGUCAAGGUCAUGCUGGGGGAACGUAUACGAGUAAGACGAGUAUGCCUAUGCGUGUGCGGAAGGCCCUAGCGGUGACACCCUCCCGAAAGUUGAUGAUGGACCUACAGAAGACAUUCAGCACACUAGGAGACUGUCACGACUCCCUUGGGAACUAACAACUCGGACUUUAAGGAAAGAAAAUACGGGGAGGGACCAGCCUAGUCAAGUCUUCCAUAGCCUUGGCCUUUUUUUAUUUCAGAUGAACAUUCCAUCCGUACUCUGGACAAAUUUGAAACGUUAUCUGCGUCA